UUGACUUUACUAGUACUUAAUUAAAGUCACAGGUAGCUUGCAGUAUAUAAGCGCGAGUAUUGAGUAGGGCGUUCUCUUAUUCGGUUCUACGAAUUGUCGCGGACCGAAGAGAUCAUCUUUGGGAACAGGAUUAAUUCAAAAGUGAUUCAAAAUGAACAUAAUACCAAAGCAGUACUUUUUAGCAUCUCUAGUUGGUAUUUCUUUUACAAGUUUGAGUCUCGCUUUAGUAUACUGUUGGUAUAAGCAUGAUGGUAAAACAAAAAACCAUGUACAUAAUGCUCGGCCUAAGUUAAAAAGAGAAAUAAAGAUAAAAAGAAAGUACAUACCUACUCUAAUUGGAAAAGCUGGUUUAAUAAUAAAAGAUAUUCAGAAUAAAUCUGAAACCAGGAUAAAUUUCCAAGAUGAUGAUUUAGAAUAUUCCGAUCGUACAUGCACAAUUGUAGGAACUAAAGAAGGCAUAGAUUUAGCUGAAGCUAUGAUAGAAAAUAUAAUAGCAGAUUAUGCACUUAUUGAGACAUAUGAAAUGUAUGUACCUGUAGAAGAAUGUAAUAAAAUAAUUGGACUGUCUGAAAGUGACGAAGAUAGUGUAUAUAUAAAUACACAAACAUACGCAAAUAUUAUUGUGGAUAAAACGUUGUGUCCAACAGAUAAUAAGCAAAAACUAAUAAUAAACGGUACUACUAAUCAAAUUGCAGAUGCAAUACAUUAUAUCGAAUCAAAAGUUCUAGAACAGAGAUUUAAAGAAAAGGAAAUAUCUUCCUAUAAAAACAUGUAUCAUGGUAUAAAUACACAAUUAGCAAUGUUUUCAUUUGAUGAAGUGGAAAGUAUAAACGUAUAUGUAACAGAAAUCAAAAAUGUCCAAACUAUCUGUAUUCGAUUGAUCUCUGAAAAUGAAUCUUUACUUAAAUUACAUGCUGAUAUGGCGGAUUACUAUAAAAAACUUGAAAAUCGUCAACAGCACAGAUUGAAAAUUAUAAAUAGGGGAGAUAUAGUAGCAGCAAAAUGCAAAGAUGAUGGAUGUUGGUACAGAGCUGAAGUAUUAAAAGUAUACUAUUCAUAUGCAUGUGUUCACUAUAUAGAUUUUGGAUAUGAAAGAACAAUACACCAGAAGAAUAUACUGUCUCUUUAUUCCAAGUUCAGUGAUCUCAAAGCACAAGCCAUUGAAUGUGAACUAACUUUUGUUGAAGUAACUGGAUGUCUGUCAAUGAUGGACAAAUUUUUAUACUCAAAUGAAAUAAUAUCACAAUUUGAUUCCAAUAUCGUUCUAUUAACGUGACAAUAUUUCACAUAUCGACAUUGAAUACAAGUUGAAGACGUAUUUUUGUUUGUACAACUUUCCUCAUGAUGGGUAGGUCAACAUAUUCAAGCACAAUAUUACUUGGUUUGUGACUCUUUUACCUAUUAGCUAGCAAACAUAAGUCUGCAUUUUUAACAAUUAUUUAUCUUCCACAUAAAUACUUUCAAAAGUGCAUAGAAAAUUAAUUCUAAUAUUCUUCUGAUCUCUCACCCUCCGAACCUUUCCAAAAUCUAAUAGAUAAAUUCCAUGAACUGUGAAUACCAUUUACGUUCAAUUCGAAAGACGGACUAUCGAUCGAGUUCCUUUUCGAAAUAGUUUUCUUAUAAUUUGCGAUAGACCAGGUAUAUUUAAAAAUAAUAUCUGAAACUGUUUGGUACCAAAAGCUUCAUAUUCCAAUCGAUCUAUAUAAUAAAAAGGAAAUAAAAUAAAAAUCGUUAGAACGUAGAUCGAACGUACGUACAUGUACGAAUUAAAUUUAAAUUUCACGCUUGUAGGUGCGCGUGAUCUCGCGCGAAAUGUCAAGAAAUUCAAAUUUUCUAUUCGUUCAGAAAGAUGAAAUCGGAUCAUUUUCGUUAGUUUUCUCGAUCGAAACGAUCUCGUUUCGUCAAGAUGAAAUUUGAUAUAGUGAAUUGACAUUGUUAAGUAGAAGCCCACUUUCGGAAACGGAUGAGAAUUUAAUCAAUCGAUCGUAUGAGUAGUUGGCAUCGCGUGUCCACAUACAGCUAAUCAAGCUCGGUACUACUUCGUCACGAUACACGCGACCUGUAGAGAAACACGUAUUAUUCCUACUUGCAGGAAUACUGUAUAAUAUAUAUAAGUUUGUACGAUUCUCCCUCUCUCUCUCUCUCUCUCUCUCUUUCUCUCUCUCUCUUUCUCUCUUUGGCAACUAUUUCAGAGUUAAAAUUACGGUGCUGGGUAUACAAUCUUUGAUGUAGCCUUGUGAAUUGCGGCACUGAGUCUUUAAAUUACCUCACUGCCAAAAAUCUCCAUUGCUUUGCUUAGCCUCCCUUGCUAUUUCCGUUUCGGAUUGUUUUGAGCUUGUUUUAUGAACUUUCUUCUUAAAUCUCGAUUCACAAUGGAAUGAUUUUAUAAUAGUGAUUUCAUAUAAAUCGA